GAGCUGCCAGGCCGGGCGCAGCCAUGGGAAGAGGAGGCGGUCUAGGGAGCGGCGGCGGCGGAGACUGCUGCUGAGCCCGGGCGGCGGCGGGGACCCCGGGCUGGGACCAGCCGUGCCGGAGCCCCCGCGCCAUCGGCCCCGCGCGGACGCGAACUCGCGCCGUCUUGCGAGGCGAAGCUUGGAGCUUCCUACUAGACAUGUUUGACAUUUCGAGAAAUUAUGUAAAUCCUUCAUGAGUCAAGUGUCCAAAAGAGUCAUAUGACCUUCUACUCCGCCUAAACAGCUCAGAUCCUCAACUCCUUAUUUCAGCUGACGGCUCUACUUUUCAGAUCACAUUAAAGCAGUCCACGUUGGUGCUGUUGUUCAAGCAAUGUGAGGGGGUCAUUUGCUAUGAGGUGGUUCUCUGACUGCCAGCCAGGAUAUAAAAAAUCUCUACUAUCUAUGCUAUUUCCUGAAGCAAGCACUCACAGAAAGUAGAACUUAACUACAACUCGCUGUUUGUGCUCAUGAAAAGUAUAACCAUAUGAAACUCUGGGGCAAAUGGACAACUUACUAGGAUUCCUUCUAGAACAGGCAUGGUCCCACAGCUAUGGAUCUUUGGCAGCUGCUGUUGACCUUGGCAGUGGUAGGCUCAAGCAAUGCUUUUGUUGGGAGAGAGGCCGUCACAGUCACCCUCAACAGAGCAAACCUGAGUCUGCAAAGAGUUAACGCAAGCCUGGAAACAAAUUCUUCUGGGAACCCUAAAUUCACCAAGUGCCGUUCACCUGAGCUAGAGACUUUUUCAUGCCACUGGACAGAUGAGGGUCCUCAUGGUUUAAAGAGCACAGGAUUCAUACAGAUGUUCUAUACUAAAAGGAACUCUCAAGAGCAGAACCAAGAAUGGAAAGAAUGCCCUGAUUAUGUCUCUGCUGGAGAAAAUAGCUGUUACUUUAACUCAUCAUAUACCUCCAUUUGGAAGCCCUACUGUGUCAAGCUAACUAGUAAUGGUGGUAAAGUGGAUGAAAAGUGUUUCUAUGUUGAGGAAAUAGUGCAACCUGAUCCACCCACUGGCCUCAAUUGGACUUUAAUGAACACUAGUGCGACAGCAAUUUAUGGGGAUAUCCAAGUGAGAUGGAAGCCACCACGCAGUGCAGAUGUUAAGAAGGGAUGGAUAAUGCUGGACUAUGAACUUCAAAUCAAACAAACAAAUGAAACUCAAUGGAAAAUGAUGGAUCCUGUAACGUCAACAUCAGUUCCACUGUACUCACUGAGACUGGAUAAAGAAUAUGAAGUGCGCAUAAGAUCCAGACUACAAAACUCUGAUAAAUAUGGAGAGUUCAGUGAAAUACUCUACAUAACACUCCCUCAGUCAAGCCCAUUUACAUGUGAAGAAGAAUUCCAGUUUCCAUGGUUCUUAAUUAUGAUCUUUGGAAUAUUUGGGCUAACAGUGAUGCUACUUGUGGUCAUGUUUUCUAAACAGCAAAGGAUUAAGAUGCUGAUUUUGCCCCCAGUUCCAGUUCCAAAGAUUAAAGGAGUUGAUCCAGAUCUCCUUAAGGAAGGAAAAUUAGAGGAGGUGAACACAAUCUUAGCCAUUCAUGAUAACUCUAAGCCUCAAUUCUACAACGAUGACUCUUGGGUUGAAUUUAUUGAGCUAGAUAUUGAUGACUCUGAUGAAAAGAUUGAAGGAUCAGACACAGACAGACUUCUCAGCAGUGACCAUCAGAAAUCACUUAAUAUCCUUGGGGCAAAGGAUGGUGACUCUGGACGUACUAGCUGUUAUGAACCUGAUAUUCUGGAAGCUGAUUUCAAUGCCAAUGAUGGCACCUCUGAGGAUGUUCAGCCAGACAAGUUAAAAGAGGAAGCUGAUCUCUUGUGCCUUGAUGAGAAGAAUCAAAAUAAUUCACCUUGUGAUGCACCUCCUGAUCCUCAGCAGGCCCUUGUAAUUCCACCAGAGGAGGAAAAACCACAACCACUUCUUAUUGGUAAAACUGAGUCAACUAACCAAGAUGCCCCUAAUCAGAUAAGCAAUCCUAUUUCACUGGCAAACAUGGACUUUUAUGCCCAGGUAAGCGACAUUACACCAGCAGGGAGUGUGGUCCUCUCCCCAGGCCAGAAGAAUAAGGCAGGACUGUCCCAGUGUGAAGCGCACCCAGAAGCAAACUUCGUGAAAGACAAUGCUUGCUUCUUCAAGGGAGAUGCCAAAAACCCCGAUGUCAUGACCCCUCACAUCGAGGUCAAGUCACAUGAAGAACCAAGCUUUAAACAGGAGGAUCCUUACAUCACCACAGAAAGCCUUACCACUGCUGCUGAGAAGUCUGGGCCUCCAGAACAGUCCCCAAGCUCUGAAAUGGCUCUCCCAGAUUAUACCUCCAUUCAUAUAGUGCAGUCUCCACAGGGUCUCAUACUCAACGCGGCUGCCUUGCCUUUGCCUGACAAAGAAUUUCUCUCAUCAUGCGGCUACGUGAGCACAGACCAACUGAACAAAAUCAUGCUGUAGCCCUUCCUCAGUUUCCCUGAAGUGACAUAUUUCAUCACAAAUAAUUGGCUAGGGCAUGAAUGCUUAAACCAAAAUGAUGUUUUCUUGGGAGAGUGUGAGGGCGGGUAUAGAUUCUAAAUGCCUUUUCCUGAAAUGUUGAAACGUGCUAUUAAAAAGGAAGAAAUGAGAAUGCUUAAUCAGAUAGAUAUUCCCUUGUGAACUGUACAUAUUUUAAAUUGUCUCAGUAAUUGUCUUACUAUUGUGGUGUUAAUUUUGUGAUACUGAGCAUUAAAUACCUACACGUUUAAUAUACAGUAAAUCAAUGCUUUUUUUUUCGAAAAAGCAAAAUAAUGUCAGGUGGCUUUUGCAAUUCAAGAAAUUGAAUGCAAGUCAUAGCACAGGCUAAUUUUUUUUCUUUUAAUUAACUUGGAAGCAAAAUUUUAGGUAAAAAGCCAAAAAUAGUUUGGAUAUAUAAAACAUUUAUUUUGACAUAAAAUUGAUAAAGAUAUUUUUAAUAAUUUAGAUUUCAAGCAUGGCUAUUUUAUAAUACACAACACACUGUGUACUGUAGUUCAUGAUGAACUAUCUCCCAAAAAUGUAUCAACUACAGUGUAAGGCUGGUUUAAUGCUUUGUUCAGAACACCUAAAGAAAAGCAAACAAGUUAGUUUUUUACAAGGUCUUUUUAUAUCUCCCAAAACUUCUUAAGUAAUCUUAAAAAUCUAGUAACGUGCAUUAUUGGAACAUAUUCACUGUAUCUGAAUUUUUAAACAAAUAUUUUUAAUUUAGAAAACUUUAUUAAAAUGUUUACACUGAUCAACAUACCAUAAACCAAAAAGUACAAGGGGAAACCCCCUUUUCUUCAGUGAACUUCAGUUCAAGCCACAGAGCUGCUCAAUAAGAGAAUCAGAGGUUAGGCUGGCUCUGAUGGGCCAGGAGGUUUCAGAACUGUGAGGGGAAGGGAGUGGAAAAGAAGCUCCAACACUUCCACAGUGGUGUCUCUUCAAACACAACUUGGUUGCAUAUCAUAGUUACCUAAGAAGAGAAGAAGGGGCAAGCAACGUUUUGUAAAUCGAAGCAAACUGAAUGAAGUUAACUGGAUACUGAAAAAGAAAGCUCAAGAAACAGGUCUUUGUUUCAUAGCCUAUAGCCAGACACGUACUCACUGCUCACAGUAGCAGGGGACAGAAGACACAAGGUUUUAUAGCCCAAAGGAUAACUCAAAAUUAAUCAGAUCAAUAGCAGAAGCUUCUUCAUUAAACCUUUUAUAGGAUUUAUUUUUAAAAGAAAGAUAAGAACUUUCAUCAUUUUUUAUUUACUUGGGGAAACUCUGGCUUCAAACCAAGUAGUCAGAAAUAAAAAUAAGUAAAAAAUAUGAUGAAGGCUUAAUUAUUAUACGAUUUUUUUCAAUUCCUCCAUAACCUCAACAUCAUUCAACAGGACAAUUCCCUAAAAGGUUCAUGAAAGAACCAUUUCAUCUCACUGAAGAAUACUUCUCAUUUUCAGUAUUUUUUUAACUUAAAUUUUUAAAGUUAGCUUUGACUUAAAUAGUAUUUGACAUUUAGCUCAGACCUUUUGAGGAAGCAAGCUUAGUGGUUGGUGAUUUUAAUUCCCACUUUCUUGCAGGAAAAACAGUGAAAUUCAUUUAAUAAGUUUUCUGCUACCUUGCUGCUAUGGUUUUCUCCAGGAGCUAUGUCAUUUAGUUUCAUAUAAAGUAUCAUUAAUGUAGACUCUAAUUCAAUUUAAAACUGUUUGUUUGAAAGAAGUUUCUUAUUUCACAAUAGGCUGAUCACAUUUCUAUAGCCAAAAAAAAAAAAAAUAGUUAAAUACCUCAAUCAGUCUCAGAAUGUCAUUUUGGUACUUUGCUGGCCACACAAGCCAUUAUUCACUAGUAUGACUAGUUGUGUCCUGCAGUCUAUAUUUAACUUUUCUGAUGUCUGUGGAUGUAUUCCUUCAAAGUUUAAUAAAUUUAUUUUCUUGGA